AUGGAAAGUUCGAUUUCGAACACGAAUACCAAUCUGACUUCGGUGACCAGCGCCACGAGCUUGGGUUUCGAGGACCCGCCGUUCUUCGAUGAUGUCAAGCCUCUUCAGGCAGCGUUCGAAGCGAGUGACAGUCAGAGGGUCAGUAGGAAGUUCAAAGGCAGGGAUAGCAUCUCGAGCAACAGCCUCAAGGAUCAGAUUCUCGAAGAGGCUCCCGAGGUAGAAAUCUCGGUCGUGACGAAACCGCCGCUCUUCGCACCCCAGCCGUCUCGGCCUGGUUUCUUGAAGCGUGCCAGCUCGUACGCGAACGAUCGGGACAAGAACACCUUGUUCGCAGAGACACCUGGUCUGGGACCCGUUGUCGGAAGUGGAUGGCCUACAGCGUUCGGAAUCGAUUUCUCAGCCGCCCGGGAUAGCUUGGGUGGAGCGUCUAGCUCGCGUACGGACCGGCCCAGUAUGCCUGAUACACCUGUCAAGAAAGGAUCUUUCGAUGGCACGGCCGCUGGCAAGAGCAUGGGUCGGGUCAGCCACUCGGUCUCUCAGCCGAUCCUUAACACGCAGCCCCUCUUCUCAGCGGCCAAAGCUCCACCUGUUCCCAGUCAAGUCGUGGUUCCGCCUCUGCCUAAACUAGUAUUCAACGGGGGUCCACCUGGAUAUAACGUACCCCCAUCCCCCAUGGUUCACGCCGGUACGCGGCCUCCACUCGUCACCAUCACGACGGGAUCAUCCCCUAUGUCUGUCGAUAGCCCUGGCGUCGAAGAGGCUUCGCCCACGGUCAGACAGGAUUCCGCCACAAAGAGCCAGCUGGCACCGGGGGCACCUGCCAGCGUACGCAUGGGUCUCCUCCGACGACUGAGCAGCAGUGCCGCCAGCGCCAGCAGCGAGAUGAGCGAGGACGAGAAUACACCAACAAAGAUCAAGGGUGGGGAACCCGACAUGUUGGCCGCUCAGCGACCGAGUCUGCUGCGAUCGACGACCCCGACACCAGCUCCCAAACAUGGUUCACAUGAUACCUCUCUGCUUGCUCCAGAAGCGGCUCCCAGUCAGAAAUCGGCCUUGAAAGCGCCCUCUCUUCAACAUAUGCACACAGCGCCCACUCCUGCCAGGCAGUCUCUUCCCCAUUUCAAGCCGGUCAAGCGUAUCAACCAUAGGCAGUCGGCACCCGCACCUAUCCUCGAUCAGGAUGAGGACUUGUUUGACAAGAGGUUCAUCGCGCUCGAACCGCUUGGCAAGGGCGCUUUCAGCCAGGUCAUCAAGGCAAAGAGCCGAGAAACCGAUAAGGUGUAUGCCAUCAAGAAGGCUCGAGGUGUCUUCGAAGGCGUCAAAGAUCGGUUGCGUCAUCUGGAGGAGGUCGAUAUACUGCGUCAUCUGAGUCGAACGCAACACCGGCAUGUCAUAGCUUUUGUCGAUGCUUGGGAGCAGAACCGACAACUAUUCAUUCAGACUGAACUAUACUUGGGAACGCUGGCAUUCUUCCUCGAGGAAUACGGCAGGGUUGUAGAGAGACUCGACGAGGCUCGGGCAUGGAAGAUAUGCCGAGAGAUGGCCGACGGUCUGGCCUACAUACAUUCGCAAGGGGUGAUACAUUUCGACCUGAAGCCAGACAAUGUCCUGAUCGACGAGACGGGCUGCCUCAAGAUAGGAGACUUUGGCAUGGCAACUAGGUGGCCUCGGAUCUCGGCGGAAGAGAUCCUGGUUGGCUCCGGGCUUGGCGGGGAAGUCGGCAACGCUAGCGGAAUCUCGCGCUUGAGCGACCGCGAAGGAGAUCGCGUUUAUAUGGCACCUGAAAUGCUGCAGGGCGACUUUACAGCCGCUAACGAUGUCUUUAGCUUCGGUCUGGUCGUCCUCGAAGCCGCCACCAAUAUUUGUGUUCCAGACGGUGGCUCUGCCUGGCACGCCAUCCGCGAGAACGACUUUUCCAUCAUCGACUUUACUUUCUUAUCGCCUGCCUUGGUUGACCUGAUCACCCAGUGCAUGCGUGCCGACCCUCUCGAACGACCUACUAUGGCGAAUCUCAUAACACAUCCUAUUUUGGAAAGAGCCAGGAGACUGGGCAAGGAUGCUCUCGCCCCAGAGGACGAAAUGUUUUUGCCUCGAGUCUUGGCCGAUGCGUCUCCCGCGACCGCUAUGGCAACCGACGUGGACGUGGAGAUGACGGACUAGUCAAGAAUCAUCGCCAACUCUGACGUGCCGUUCUGGUUACGCUGCUACUCUUGUGAACGACAAUCUCCGUGACGAACGCUUUAUAACGACACUACCACAUUUCGUUUCGCUUCCAACUUUUUGUUCGGAACC